UUCGUGUUGAUAACAUAAUAUUAAUAAUCCGAGAUCAUUAUAAACCGGUUGUCAUUUAGAGUAAAUGAGAUUCAUACAGUGUUUUCCUUUUUGGUUUAACAGUUAAGAAGACAUGAAGACAACGUCAAUUAAAAAAUUAUUGUGAUAGUUUAUUUUUAGAUACUGUUAAUCUUUGUUUUUACGUGACUGUGAUAGUAUGGAUGUACAUUGCGUUUUGUUUUGCUUGUUGUUUAUUUUUAAAGGUUUUACAAGCGAACAAUUAGAAAGCAAUAACAAUUAUUCCACAUUAAGACAAAGACGACAAAGUAGUUUUAAAUGUACACUGCCCCCACAAUUACAAAAUGGGAGGUGGUUAAUAACUGAAGCAGAUGUCAAACCAGGUGACCAGGUAGAGGUUAAUUCGAUUUUAAGAUUAGAAUGCCACGAAGGUUACCAGUUACAACCUAAUACUCCUUUCCUUGUAUGUGAUACGAACUGGGAAGGGAUAAAAAUUCCAACAUGUAAAAAAAAAUGUCCUCCGUUUUAUUCAACAGUAACUACACAGUUACUAUGCAAAGAUAAAGAUGAAAAUACAGUAACUUGUGACAAAGCCAUUGAUGGUACAUACUUAACUUACGAAUGUGCUGCUUAUUAUGAAAUUCCACCCGGAGGCAGAAAUGUUCUUUACUGUAAUAAUGGUAUUUGGGACUUUCCAAAACCGAUAUGUCAACCAAAGUGUGGAAAGAAGUUUAAUAAGGAAACAAUAGCACUUACUUGGGGUGGAAAUGAUGUUAAGGAUUUUGAGUAUCCGUGGGUUAUAGCUUUGUAUAAGAAUGCAGGUGGACGAUACCGGAAUGUAUGUGGGGGUACCUUAAUCAGCCGAAGAGUUGUUAUAACUGCUGCUCAUUGUGUUACUGACGAUUAUGGCAAUGCUAUUGGUAGGGAGAACUUUCAAGUUGCUGCUGGUAAAUAUUACAAUGCUUUUGGAGAUCAAAGAGAUACGAAAGCGCAAUACAGAAAGAUAUCACAGGUUAUUGUUCACAAAGGAUAUAGAGGAGUCAGUCAGAGAUAUAUUGCUGACUUAGCCUUACUCAUUACUCAAGAACUGUUCAAACUAGACCCAGUGGUUCAGCCAGUGUGUACUGAUAAUGUCAAUAAUAUGUUCCUAACAAAUUACCAAAUGGGAGAAGUCGCUGGUUGGGGUCUUACAGAAAACGACAAACCCUCCGAUCGUCUUAGAGUUAUUAGAAUACCAUACAAAGAAGGUGGCACAUGUGCUAGAGAGCUGCCAGCUAGCUGGGAGCAAGAGUAUAAUUUCUUAGACAAAAUUUGUGCUGGUCGUCAGAAUGAAAGUAUUGCAGUCUGUCAGGGAGAUAGUGGGAGUGGUCUUGUAUUUCAAAACCGAGAAGACAAUAGGUACUACAUCCACGGAAUAGUAAGCAUAGCUCCAAAUCUAUAUACUGCCAGCUGCAACAACCGAACAAAUGCUCUAUACACUAGCGUGAUAUUCUAUUAUGCUUUUAUAAAAAUAGAAAUGAACAAAAACCAUAUGGAGGACUGCAAACUUCCAGAAUAUCCAAAAAAUGGUAAAUGGUAUCUCGAAAGUGAUGCACAGAAGAAGCCAGGUGAUAUAGUAACGUCUAAUGCUAUUUUACAAUUUUCAUGUAAUAGAAAAUAUAUAUUGUCUACUGUAUCGCCAUAUCAUGACUGUGAAAGUUCUUAUAAUCCGCCUGUUUGUCUUUUGCUAUGUCCUAAGGUGUCGUUACCAAGUGGGACAGACAUAGUCUGUAGAAACUUCAACGAUCAACCCAUACAAUGUGCAGAUGUUGCUGAUGGUGGGAGUAUUACAUUCACGUGUCCAAGUGGCUUUGUAACAGACCGAGGAACAGCAUCUAGUACAAGAUACUGUCGAAAUGGAGUAUUUAGCAGUUCCCCACCUUCGUGUAUCCUUAAGACUUUAUAUAAACCAAAAGUAAGAGUACCAGUUACACCUACACCUCCUACACCAGAACCUCCAAAUACUGUAGCAAUUGGUAACGACGGAAUUAAAGUAGUGUGCAUUUACGCUAGUUGGAGAGCCUAUAGUGGAGCAACUCCGGACACUUUUGAACCUUCGUUGUGCACUCAUUUAAUCUACCAAUUUGUUGGUCUCCAUGAAAAUGGAGAGAUACGAAUAGAUGAAUCGUUGGACAUUAAAUAUAAAGGGAUGGGUUUGUUUAAGAUGACAACUGAUUUAAAAAAGAGGAACAAAAGUUUAAAAGUAUUACUAAGCGUUGGUGGUAGCGGAGGCACGAACUCAUCACUUUUUAGAGAACUUGCUAACAAUAACAAUAAAACAAAAGCUUUCUUAUCAAGUGCGGCAAAAAUAAUACAAACCUACCAGUUUGAUGGAUUGGAUAUAUUUUGGUUCUACCCAGAAGUGGAUGAUAAGGAGAGAUAUAUCCGUCUGUUAGAGAAAAUAAAGAAUAACUUUAAGAAGCAAAGAUGGCUAUUAUGUGUGACCGUACGACCUGGAUUGGAAGAUGCGGGAUACGAUCCUAAGAAAAUGGAUGGGAUAGUGGACUGGGUGAAUCUCAAAACUUAUGAUUUUUACGGAAGUUGGAGUUCUUCCACUGGCAAUCAUAACUCUCUUUAUUUUUCCUCAAAAGAGUAUAAUUGGGAAAAGGAACAUUCUAACAUAGCGGCAGCCGCUAAGAACUGGCUCAAUGCAGGCCUAUCCAAAGAGAAGACGGUUUUAGGUGUUGCAUUCUAUGGAGUGAGUUUUGAGUUGAAAGCUAGCAAUGAAACUGGUAUACAUGCUCCUGUAAUAAAGGGAUCUGCCCUUGGAGAGCUUAGAUAUUAUGAGAUUUGUUCACAAUACGAUAACUUUACAAAAGUAUGGGAUGACGAGACAAAAACACCAUACUUGUACAAUGGUACUUACUGGAUUGGUUAUAAUGACCCUAUUGCUAUUUGGAUAAAGGGAGACUAUGUAAAGAAAAAUCAAUUUGGUGGUGCUGUUAUUUAUUCAAUAGAUGGCGACGAUAAUACUCGUUUAUGUGGGGGAGAUAAAUUUGUUUUACUGAAGCAUUUACAUGGUGGUAUGGGACAUGACUUAACGUGGUUAAACGACAAUUGACUGAAUUUUGAAAAUAAAUUUUAAUUAUGCGAAUACUUAGUUAAUAAAUCGUUAAAUAUAUGUGAAAUAAAGCAGUAAGAAUUUA